UUGCCUUUGAAUUUUGAACUCUCUCUCACACAGUAGGAAUCAUGCCUGCCACUGGCAAAGCAAAAGGGGUGAGGGGUAUGAACUAUCAAUAAAGAAAAGAGUCUAUUUGACAACCUAUAUUCAUCAUUUUAGGUACCAAAAAGCCUCAUCAUUUGUAAUGUACAUGAACUCCCUUCAUAUUUACUCUCAUUCUUCACCACCAUAUCCAUCACUUUCAUGCACAUCAUUGCUCAUCUGUUCAUGCAGGAUCCCAAGAACAACUCUAGGAAGCCUUGGUAUCAAAGAGCAAUGGAGAUUGCGAGUCUAUGGAAAACGACCAAUCCAAAAUCUACCGAGAUUCCUACACCAAACCCGAUCUUAAAGAAAAAUCUUUCUACAUCCACCAAGUAUACCACCACAAGAAACAACACCCCAAAUAGAGAAAAGCUUAGAAAGUCGACUUCUUUAAAGGUUGCCACUUCAUUCACCCGCGUUUGCCUAUGUGUCCCUAUAUCUUCUUACACCGAGGUUUUCCAAGCGGAGGUGCCCCCUAGAAGAAGCAACACAUACCCGCGAUCAAAACCAUUUCCAACGUGUAUUCAAGAUCGCCCACCUCCAAGACUGAGCACAGGAGGAGGUAGGAGGAUAUUUAGAGGGAAGUCGUUAACGGAUGAUGUUUUGAUGAGGAGAUUUGUGAUCGAAGAGGAAGCAAUGAUGCAAGAAAGAAGGCGAAACGAAAUGGAAGUUAUAAGGAAAAGAAAUGCCAAGAGAAGGAGAAGGCUUGGUCCAAGUCCUUUAAGUAGAAUGGUUUUGGCAGAAGAAGAGGAUGAGUUUGAAGAUUCAAUAAGUGAUCAGCAAUAGGUUCAUUAUAUUGUCAUAUUGCUUAUGGUCCUUUGUUUCCUGUUUAGUAGUUGCUUUUGGUUUGUGAAUUUGCAAUAUUCAUUUGCUUGCAGCUUA